AAAAGAAAGGGAACAUUUAUUGUUGAAGAAUAUUAUUUAUGAUGAUUUGAAAUCUCUGAAAAUGCUGAAAGUAUCUUUAGAUACUUCUGAAGGGGAAAUAUGCAAAGAAAUAGUCAAUUUUAUUGAUAAUAGACAACAAAGAGUUUUUGUUGUCAUAGCCAAUAUGCAAGAUUUAACAGUAGAAAUGGUUAACUACUUGCGUUUAAUGAUUGAACAGAAAGAAAGCAAAUCAAUAUAUAGUGACAAAGUUUUUGCCCUUCUACUUAGUUUUCCUCAAGUUCAAUUUUUCAAUCGUUGUUACCCAACACUUUUUCUUCAUGGAUGGGAUUAUUUCUAUUUGGAUUCACUAACUACUGAUAUGGGAGUGGAAGGAAUUUCUGAAUCACUACGAAAUGUAGUCAAUAUUAAACAAUGUUUUCGUAUUGCUUUAGGAAUUCAAGAGGGUAAUGAUGUGCUAAGUCUUGAUUUAGAGCCACUAUUAGAAGUUGCUAUACCUGUUGUUUCUGCAAGGGUCAUUGUUGGUUCUAGUAAUGGAGAGUAUAAUAAGGCCAUAUCAGUCAGUGCAAGACAAGUACAGAUUAAAAAAAUAUUUUUCAAAGCACAAGAAAAACAUGCCUGUACUCCAAUUGGAGAGGCAUUUUGUACCUUGUUUCGUGAGUAUUGGGAUAAUAAAACUGUCAUUAGAUUUUUGCAAGAUGCUGCUAAUUUUACAUUUCAGCAUCAAUCAACUCUCAGUAUUACCAGUUAUGUGCAAACAAGAAUAAAAGCUCUGUUUUUUGAAUUUUUAGUCUAUAUGUUAUGGUUGAUUAAUCAAGAUUGCAACUUAGACACUUUAGUGUCACGAAUGAAUACUGAUUCGUAUGAGAUAGUCCAAAAAGUUUUUUCCAGUGUCAUACAGACAAUGUUUAAAAGGCUGCACAAUUUACAAACAUUAUCAUAUGUUUGUCGAAAUCUACGUCCACCAGAAGAUAAAAAAUUUCAAUUUCCUUUCUUUAAUUUGAUUUAUCAUUAUAUGGAAGAAUUAAUUGAUGUGUGCUAUGGAAUAAUGAAUAAAAAGAAACUUGAUCCAAAAACCAGCAUUAGUCCAAAAAAGACUAAAGAGUUUCUAGAACAGCAGAUGUUAAAUGAAAUGAAGAACAAAUUAAAUCAACUGAUUGAGAAUUUUGCCUCAACUAAUGCAAACAAUUUGUGUGGACGAGAUCAAGCAAUGGCUUCUGUUAUUUCAUCAUUACAAAAUGGAGAUCUUUGGCAGUGCUAUUUCCAUGACUUCAUAAAGCUUAAGUGUGCUCAGUCUGAUGACAUACAGACAGUACUUCCAGAGGAAACUGUUAUUGCACAGGUUUUGUCCAUUUCUUUCAAUUUUGAGCGACAAAAAGAUAACUAUAUUUCUCGCUUAGCCUGGCUUCAUGUUUGCUCUGAGAUUUGUAAAACAGACUUAAAUCAAACAAUUGAUAAACUAAAAAGGUUAAAAACUUUUAUAGCACAUCAUCCCCAGGAGACAAUAGCAACUGUUACACAAACUGUGGUCACCGGUUACAAAAAUUUGGAGGCUCUUAUUAUUAAAAGGUGUUAUACAUCCUUGCAUGACAGUGUUGAUGAUCAAGUUGCUCUGAUACAGUGGUACAAGUUAUACAAAGAUAUUAUUCAAAUGGAGAGUCUUUACAAUUCUCUUCAUGACUUAGAGGAUCCACAACUCAGAUUUGAUUUUUUUAAGGUUUAUAUUAUGUACAGUCUCGUUCAUAGUCACAGAGAUCCUACAUCAGCUGAAUGUCUUGAAUUAUGUGUAUUUCUUUACAGUGAAAAAAUUAAUCCAAUAUCAAAUAUUAGUGUAGAGUAUGCUUUCUCAGAAUGUUUAUCAGCUAUGAAAGCUUUGAACUGUAGCAAGUCAUUCAUCAGCUCAGUUGUUGACAUGUUACUUAGCUUUAUGUUUCAUACUAUUACACCAGCUGGUCAGUCCUGUUAUUGCUGGUUUUUUAGUGCAGCAUUACCAGAAAGUAAAGACCAAUUGUUGCAGUACAUCACUCCUGCUCAAUACAAAUUUUAUCUUCUUUUGAUUCUUAAACUAAACCAACUUAAUGAUGAAGAUGAAAAUGAUGUGCUCAAAAUAUUCCAAUCAGAUUUACGUAGAGAGAUCAUUUUUUUAAUUAGAAGUUCAAAAAUGAAUUUAACAGAAUCAUUUAUUUUUAGUCAUGCUGUUGAUUCAGAAAAGAUGACACUGGCCAAUGCAUAUAUGCAAAUUGUGUAUCAUCAUCAAGCAAUAAAUUUUUCAAAGAUUAAACUUAAAGUUGCUAUUACAAAACUGAAAUUGUUGAUAGACAAAAGUCAAAGUUGUGAAGAUCAAUCAGAAAAAAGUUUGCUACAGUUAGAAACAGAAGCUUUUACACAAAUAUUCCUUCAAGUGAUGGCUUACAAUUUGGCUGAUGUAGAAGGCUCUCAAAUGGUGCCUCGUCUUCCACCUCAAGUUGAAACUUAUUUGGAAAGCAAUGAAAUGAAUGGCUCAAUAUUUUGUAUGCUUUUAUGGAAUAGACUGAAAAGUACUGAGAAGUUGAGAAGAACUUUGAUUGCCUAUUAUGAUGAUAGAUCUAAAUUUACUUGUUUAAACAAAUGCAAACAGAUGGCUAAAGACGAGAUGCAAGAAAGUGUAGAAUUUUCUUUACCUGCAUUAAUUCAAAAGAAGACUGAAGUUAAAGAGUUGUACAGGAAGACAUGUAAAGUAUUACUGGAUAUUCAUCAAAGGAAACAGACAAGUGAUGGAUUAAAUAAAUUAAAAGAAGAGUGUGGUGUAGAUCUAGAAGUGCAAGUAGAAAUCUCAGUUAGUCAGGGUGAAUCAUUUAGAAUUAAAAAAAGAAAUGCACUUUGUAUGUGUAUUUGGCUUUGUUCAUUCUAUGAAUUUUAUCUUAAGAAGGUUAAAUCAGGACAUCUUGCAAGUGCUGUACAUUCUGAAAUGGAAGACUAUUUUUCAGAAGAUUGUAUUAGGCUAAUCAUAUGUUUUAUAAAUAGCCAACUUAUUACACCACAAAAUGAACAGGAUUUACCAUCAGAUCCCAAUGCUCCAUUGUUUGAAGUUCAAGGACAUAGGAUAGUACCAAUACAGCGUCAAGGACAUAGAAGUGACCCAAUAUACAAAUUAUUUUUUCCUGAUAAACAAGAUGAUCAAUCAAGACAAAUAUGUAAUGCAUUAGCAACUGUAACAGCUGCCAUUCUAGCUUGUCCUGAUCAAUCGAAUCAUCUUUGGUAUCAUUUAUUCUCUCCUGAUAAAUUAUCAGGCACUCAAGUCACUGGAUUCCUAUUAAACUCAGCUAUUAAAGAAGGAAGGUUGUAUGACUGUGGUAUAGUAUUAGAUGAAGAAGGAGAAUAUGGUAGACCAGAAUACUUGCACAGAGCUGAAAAAGGAAUGCUAACUUUGCACUCGCUUUAUCUUCUUCUUUGGUGUAACUUCGGAACAUUUUGUAUGAAUUUAUUGACACAAAGAGAUUCUAACAUAAAAGGAACUGUAAUAUCAUCGUACCAAGCUGUUCGUCAUUAUUGCAAGUCUCAAUUAAGUUUAAUGUGGUUACACAUGACUACUAACAUGGCACUAACUGAUGAGCAAUUGUCUUUGCUAAUUGUAUGCUCCAUGAAGAGAAUGAUUCAAAAUUCAUAUCAAAGACCAACAGGGCUAUUACAUGAAUUAGAGAAGAGGGAUGAGUAUGAAAAAAUGUGGCAUGCUCAAAUAUUUGCUCCAUCACUAAAAGAAGUUGAAAACAAUUUUGCAAGUUAUUUAUCUAAAUUAAAAGCUGAUGACCUUAUAGCUAAAUUAAACUUAAGAGAGCUUAGCUGUAGUUACCCUCAUGUGCCCACAUUACAGCAGUUCACUCAUUUUGUGCAAAGACACUGUGCUUCCUCUGAACAGAGAGGAAAAUAUGAUGUUUUAGUAAAGCUAACAAAUUCAUAUUCUCGUCUUCAGUCUUAUAGUGCUUUAUUACCAUCUCUUAUUGAGUUCUAUCAGUGGAUUGUCACUGACUUGUCUCAUGAUCUUACUCAAGAGGAAAGCACAAAAAUGGGCAUAUGUAGUGCUGUGAAAUAUGCUUCAGAAAAAUAUUCAAAAGAUGUGGAAAAGAAUUACACUAAAUUAUUUGAAAGAGUACAAAAUGAUUACAAUGAAUACUUGAAAGUGAUUGACUUUUCAAUCGGUGCUGGUGCUUGUGCCAAUGUACAAAGAAAAAAUUCAGUUCCAUUAAUGAAUGAUGCAACUGAAGUGUUUAAAUUUUUACCAGGAGGGACAAGCGAUGAGACAGAGGAACAAAGAGAUUUUCUGUUCCUUGUAAUUCAAGAUAUUGUUAAUUUUCAUAACAACUUUUUAAGAGAGAUUAAUGAACUGAUUAAGCAUAAUGAUACUCUCAAAAAGUAUUUGUCUACACUUCCAGAUGAAGAAAAUGCAGAGUUUGCAAUGCUUCGUGUGCAUCCAUUAGCUGUGAAUGAAUAUUCAUGUAUAUUAGGCCACAAUGUAUCAAACAGAAGGUCACUGUUAGAGCUAGUACAUAAACAUCAAACUGAAACUGGAUAUGAUUUAGAUAAAAUACAAGAAGAAAUUGUUGUACAUUUCAUUGCUGGAAAACUUCCAAUUGAUGAUUGCCAAACUAAGCUCAAGUUGCAAUUUCACUACAAAGUAAUGCACACUGAACAAAGCAAAAUGCAACAUCCAACUGAACUAAUGCUCACACUUGACCAGCUAAAUGAUGAAGAUAUGAAAAAAUCAAUACCUCAAGAUGAAGGCUUUUUGACAGCUCUGAAGAAUGAGUUGUACACUCUUGAUUAUGAUAAACUUGUAGAAGUGGCUCAUUGUUUAAAAACUAUUGCUGAACACAUCAUUAAAAAAAUUGAAGAGGGUCAAAUUCUUAAAAAUGACAUUAUUGAUCAAAAUGUGGGAGAUGUUUUACCAAAAAUAGUUUAUGAUCAAGAGGAUCAGCAUGAUUUAUUGAAGGUUUUUGAUGACCUUGGAAUGAACAAACUUCAAAAUAUUCAUCGUGUACGUAUUGUAGCCAUACCUAUGAAGCAUUUAUUGACAACAUUGCAAGUUAUUGUAGAGUGGAUUAAAGAUGGAAUAUAUGAUUUCCAUACUUUACCAAAAGCAAUGAAAGUACCAUUGAAAAAAGAAGAUGAAGAAAAAAUAUUUGCUAUUCAGAAAGAUUUCAAACAAAAUCACAUUGAUGAACUAUUGGAGAAAUUAAAAGGAAUUGUUGUUGUUUUGACAGACUGUGAACAAGAUCUUAUGAAAAAGAUUGAUGAAGAGCUGGACGUAUCAAUAUUUCAAUAUUUGAGAAAUUUGUCACUUGUAACUGAUGAUGAUGAAAAUCUUAUCAAGCUAUUUCCAAAACAUAUAAAACCCAGACACUACAUGGCAUUACGAAUAUGUUUAAGAAAAGUUAUUAUUUGCAUUGAAGAAGAACGACUUGAUGAAGGCUUGCAUAAAAACAAAUGGUCUGAAUAUGUUGAGGAUCUAUGGUCAGAAGAAAAAUUAGAGCACCUGAGAGAAAUGGCAACUGAAAUUGAUUACACUCAAGUAUAUGAUCCAGUCAAAGGUGCAUAUGGCUUUGAUGAUGAGGAAAUUAUAGCGGAAGAAAACAUUAUGACUGAAGAAGAUGAUAGCAUGCCUCAAGUGUCACAAGAUUCUCCAAAUUUAAGCAGACCUGAGACUGUUAGUGAAGAAGCUCCAUCUGCAGCUCAAACCAGUGAUCAUGACCUUAGUGCUGCAGCUGAAAAAGUUACUUCUACAGAUAUAUCAGACUAUCUUCGCUCCUUGAAAUUAGAUCAAUACAUUGAGGAGUUUAUGGAAAUGGAAAUUGAUGGUAUUGCUUUGUUUGAUAUUGAUGAUGAAACCUUGGAAACACUGGGUGUGGACACAAAGAAAGACAGGCUUAAAAUAAAGACCAGGUUUAAGCAAUGGUUAAGAAAAAAGCCUGUGUAGAUCUAGUAUACUGGUAGUACAUCUAUAUUGUAGUUUGUAGUGAGUUUGCUGAUUUUAGCUAGCUAGACUAAUUAAUAUAAUAUUUUUAUAGAUAUGAGUGGAACUUUUUUUUGUGCUGAACUAAUUAAAAAUUGCAAUGUUUAGUCAGAUUUAAUAGUAAAUUUAUAAUUAUUAAAAUUUUUGCACAAAUUCUAAUAUCCCGGCAAUUGAUAUGCAUGAAAAUGGCAUCUAAAACGGAAGAUGAAAAACCACUGAAAUUAUUACAGUAAUAGAAAACUAAUUCUUUUUAGAUUCAUUUUCACUGAACU